UGUUGACCCGUUCUGUUUCUUCUUGAUCAUUCAUCACUCUAGGAAUGGAAUGUCUAUUCUACACGCAUACAAAUAUCUUAGACUUUAAACCAUAAGAAUAAUAUACACGGCUAAUUUCAAACACCAAAGCACCUUCGUGGUAAUCUUCUUGUACCCAUAUUUUUUUUUAUCAUCAUCUUCAUAAUGGCUUAUCCUUAUAAGCCUUCUGCCUCUGCACCACCGAUGCCGGCGCUUCCCACCACCAUAAUAGGCCCUCAAUACUGUGCUCCUUAUCCCUUGGAUCUUGCGGUCGUCAAAAAAGUCUUGACUAUUUCAGAUAGAAAUUUUGCUGUCACUGAUGUCAACAGCAACAUCGUCUUCAAAGUUAAGGGUUCUUUCUUAACCCUCCGUGACCGUCGUGUCUUGGUUGAUGCUGCCGGUUACCCAAUCACCACCUUACGUCGCAAGAUAGCGACUAUGCAUGAUACGUGGAAAGCUUAUAGGGGUGAAAGCACAAAUUCUAAAGAUCUGAUAUUUACAUUAAAAAGAUCAUCCCUAAUCCAGUUUAAGACCAAAUUAGAUGUGUUUCUAGCUAAUAACAAAAAACAAGAUGUUUGUGACUUUAAAGUCAAAGGUAGUUGGUUAGAACGAUCUUGCAUUGUUUAUGCUGGUGAAUCUAACAACAUUGUUGCCCAGAUGCACAAAAAACACACGGUUAAGAGUCUUUUAAUUGGUAAAGAUCAUUUCAUGGUCACGGUUUAUCCCAAUGUUGAUUACGCUUUCAUAGUGGCGUUAAUUGUCAUUCUUGACGAGAUUAACGAUGAUAGAAGGGAAUGAUUAUUAUUACUAUGAUAUAGAUGUGAAGUUUCAAUUACCGUUAAUGAUUACUUUGCAUUAUAUUAUUAUUAUUAUUAUUAUUAUUAUUAUUA